AUGCCCAAUACAAAUCCGGACAUCGAAGAGUUAGACAUGGAAUCGUUGGAUGUCGAAGGGGUAACCAGCCCUCCUGCUGGCCACCUGCUCCCGGCCGAUUGGUCCUUGCGCGCAAUAUACGUCCGGCACAAACUCUACGCAAGAGUCCAGUACGCUGCCGACAGCCACAGAACCGCCAAAGAAGCCCCUACCUACAGGAUGGUUGACACGGACUCAUAUCUGGCCCCAUUCCAGCUCAGUGUUUCCCAAUUGACGCAAUUCGACUUCGCUUCAUUCAAACGUUGGGUCAUGCAUCAGUCCAUGCAACAGGCUGGGGCAAGCAUGCCUCAUCUGAUCAACAUUGUGUCCGUUUACGCCGACUUCAUGGACAUUUUAACUUGGAAAUAUGCCAUCAAUCAGUCGGCCAAGGUGCCCAUGAAAGUACUCGACUCAAACAGGUUUAGCACGUUCCAGGCGGAACUUCUAGAAGCGCCGCCGAAGAACCAAGUCUGGAUUUCCCUUGAGAUGGAUACAAAGGCAAUCUCUCUCCAAUCCAACACUUUCCUGACCUUAAUAUGCAACAGGGGCAGAGGCUUACCCGGUCUUGCGAUCCGGACAGACCAACCCGCCAAAUGUCAUGAAGACACCAAAUACACAAAGCCAACCAACAGACGCCGCAUCUCCGCGUCUCCCGCCCCAGCCGCCCCAGCCGUCGCAGCCAUCGCAGCCGUCGCAGCCGUCCCGGCGGAUGAAGAUAUGUAUUCUUGGCCACCCCACACUUACAAGAGCUGCGCGUCUCCUGCCCCGACCGUCCCUGGUGUUUCUGUUGCCGCAGCUCCAGCUCUCCCAGCCGCCUCUACCGCCCCAGCCGUCGCAGCCGUCCCGGCGGACGAUGACAUCACUCCCAGCCGCGUCUACCCCCCCACCCAUCCCCGCCGCGGCGGCAACCCCAGAGGUCCCAGCAACCCAAACGUUACCAGCCCUCAAUGCCACUCCAGGCGCAUCAACCGGCCAAGCCACCCCAGCCGUCCCUGCGGUGACUGCGGCCUCCGAUAUAACUAUUGA